GCUUUGCUGCUUUGCACCAGCUUUGGAGCUGGACAACUCGGGACGGCAAUGCAUUACGGAGCCUUUCGCUGCGACGUUGCGGGUUCAAAUCCAGGCUGGACUGGUAAAUGCAGACACCCAGGUUCUGAAUCAUGCUGGAUCCAAGACAGCGUUCAGCGAGCCCAACCCCUUCACCGAGAGAGCCAUGAACAGCUGCAAGUACAAUGGAGGCGUGGUCCGACCCCUGAGCAGCCUGAGCGCCUCCCAGCGCAACCUCCAUGAACUGGGAGCUGAGACCCAGCCCCUGCAGACCCUCCACAGCUCGGGCCUGGAGGUGGUGGUCUCCAAAACCGAGCAGGCCAAGGAUACGAGCUUGCAGGCGGAAGAGGAGGCGGCGGCGCGCUCCCGGAGCCAGAAGAAGAACCAGAACGUCGGGUACCGGCUGGGCCACCGGCGGGCGCUCUUCGAGAAGCGCAAACGCCUGAGCGACUACGCCUUGAUCUUCGGGAUGUUCGGCAUCGUCGUCAUGGUGACGGAGACGGAGCUUUCCUGGGGCGUCUACACCAAGGAAUCUUCAUAUUCAUUUGCACUGAAAUGCCUUAUCAGCCUUUCAACCAUGAUACUUCUGGGCCUCAUCAUCAUGUACCAUGCCAGAGAAAUCCAGCUCUUCAUGGUGGACAACGGGGCGGACGACUGGAGAAUAGCCAUGACCUACAAGCGGAUCCUUUUCAUCAGCCUGGAGCUGAUUGUGUGCGCCAUCCACCCCAUCCCAGGCCAGUACCUCUUCACCUGGACGGCCCGACUAGCCUUCACCUACACCACCUCGGUGGCCGAUGCCGAUGUGGACAUCAUCCUCUCCAUCCCCAUGUUUCUGCGGCUCUACCUGAUCGGGCGCGUCAUGCUGCUGCACAGCAAACUCUUCACCGACGCCUCCUCCCGCAGCAUCGGCGCCCUCAACAAGAUCAACUUCAACACCCGCUUCAUCAUGAAAACCCUCAUGACCAUCUGCCCCGGCACUGUGCUGCUGGUCUUCAGCAUCUCCUCCUGGAUCAUUGCCGCCUGGACGGUCCGCGUGUGCGAGAGGUAUCACGACAAACAGGAAGUGACCAGCAAUUUCCUGGGAGCGAUGUGGUUAAUUUCAAUCACAUUUCUCUCCAUCGGCUAUGGCGACAUGGUGCCGCACACUUAUUGUGGGAAGGGGGUGUGCCUGCUCACUGGAAUCAUGGGCGCUGGAUGUACGGCCCUGGUUGUCGCUGUGGUGGCCCGGAAGCUGGAACUCACCAAAGCUGAAAAACACGUGCACAAUUUUAUGAUGGACACACAGUUAACGAAGCGGGUGAAAAAUGCUGCUGCCAACGUACUCAGGGAAACUUGGCUCAUCUACAAACACACCAAGCUGGUGAAGAAGAUUGACCAUGCCAAAGUUCGGAAACACCAGCGUAAGUUCCUCCAAGCCAUCCAUCAAUUGAGGAGUGUGAAAAUGGAGCAACGGAAACUGAAUGACCAGGCAAACACCCUGGUGGAUUUGGCAAAGACCCAGAACAUCAUGUACGACAUGCUCUCCGAGCUCCAAGAGCGCAACGAGGACCUGGAGAAACGCAUCAACACCCUGGAGAGCAAGAUCGACUCGCUGGGCCUCAGCCUGCAUGCCCUGCCGGGACUCAUCAGCCAAGCCAUAAGCCAGCAGCAGCGAGAGCUGGCCAAGCGCUGCGCCCCCAGGUUCUGCCCCAUCUCCAACAGCUCAGAGAGGUCCUCGUGGACGCCCACACGCCGGCGGAAAUCUCCUUCCACCGCUCCCCACACCUCGUCGGACAGCGGGUGACACCAGGGGGCAGGCCCAGCGCUCAGGCCCGUUUAUGUCUGGCCAUUGUGUGGCUGAUCCUGUUUGCUUUGUUCUGUAAAGCCCUGUACAGUUAAACUCCUGGAGUUCAUCGUGCUGGAGUGAAGUUAGAGCUGCCGUAUGUGGGAGUCAGGGCUGCCUUUAGUGCGAGGAGGAGGGGCAGGGUGGAGAGAGGCGGGGGGCAGGGAAUCCGAAGUGGCGCCCAGUGCCCUGGUGCUCAUGGGUGGAGGCAAGGCACCGCUCUAGGUCAUCAUGACAAUGGGUCGUACAGAAGCAGCGUGGUUUAAUGGUUAGGGCACAGGGCUGGGAGACAGGACUCCUGGGUUCUUUAGGAAGCUUUGGGAAAUGGAGGAGGGGUCGAGUGGUGGCAGGAAGGGGAUCUGGGAACCAGAACACCUGGGUUCUGUUGGGAGCCAAGAAUCCUAGGGUCUAGUUCUGGCUCUGGGAAAGCAGGGAGAUCUAGUGGUUAGAGCUGGAGCGGCAGGGAGCCAGGAGUCCCAGCUUCUCUCCCCGGGUCUAGGAAGGGGGUGUUGUCUCAUGGUUAGAGUAGGGCAGGGACUAGGGAUCAGGACUGCAGGGUUCUAUGCCUGGCUGUUCCACUAGGUAACCUCAGCUUAGUCACUUCACCACUCUGUGCCUCAGUUUCCCCAUCUGUAAAAUGGGGGAUAACGAUACUGACCGUUGUAAAGUGCUGUGAGAUUCCUGGCUGCAAUAUUAAGCCAAUACAGACUGUGAACAGGGCAGGCGCAGCCGAUCUCGCCCGGCCCCAAGAGCUUGGCUCACGAUGGCUUCUGACCACAGCGCCACACGGCAACCGGACCCAGGAUGGGUCUGAAUCCGGCUGCGGAUUGUGGAAGGAACUCGGUGUAGUGAACGCUGGGUGGCGGGGAGUGCAGGGGGCAGAGCAAUGCCCUGGCAUUGCAGGGAGGGGGAAGUGAGCAGAGUGGGGAUUUCACGCAGAGCUGCCUGCCCCACGAACCCUUGGAGCUCUGCCCUGGGGAGGGAGGGAGGGAUGGGCAGAGGGGGCUGCUCCCCCCCUUGAAUGAUGUUAAAAGCUAAACGUUGUAUGAACUGCACCCCUGGCAUCAAUCUUCCCGGUGAGUCACUGAGGCUUUCGAUCAUCACAAAUGGCAAGAGAGUGGUGGCCAGGCGCCGGGGAAGGGGAGGUGGGUGCUGGGUGUCGGGGAGGGGAGGAGAGGUGGGUGCUGGAAGGAGAGUUGUCCGUGAAACAUCCCAGGGCUUGACAAAGCCCUGGCUGGGAUGAUUUAGUUGGGGUGGUCCUGCUUUGAGCAGGGGGUCAGAGUAGGUGACCACCUGAGGUCCCUUCCAACCCUGCGAUUCUGUGAUCCCCGGGCUGAGCUGUGGCCCCACCACGAAUGGCCAAGGUCCCUGCGCUCGGGGGAGAGGCUGCAGGUUGCUGGUUAAUGGCUGUGACUCAAAUAUACUCAGCGCAAUCCACAAAGCGCAGGGAGGCAGGGGCCCAGGAGGGACUGGACCAGGGGCAUUCUCAGUGCUGAGCAUGAGGGUCCCAGCUGUGCCUGUCCUGGCCCUCUAGGGGAGACAUGGUCUGGGGACACGAAGCCGUCCCGGGGAUCAAAACCCAGGUGGAGGAACCCGCCAGGGAGCAGGGACCAGGCCCAAGCCAGGGUUCUGGUUCUGUCCCAGUGGACAAGUUCACCCUCUAGGCCAAACUUCCCGGAUCACAGGUGCACUGUGUGGGGUUUUUAAUCCGAAUCCUAGUGUAGGACGGGUCAUUGACACAAGGUAAUAUCAUGGGGUGACACCAACGGCCCCGUUCUCCCCAUCCUGCUGCUCACCCCCCUCCCUGGGUUUUGUGAAUGGGCUCAAGCCAGCGCUGACUGAAUACCCGAAGACACACACAGGAUGCUCAGCCAAUCACAGGCCUCCUGUGACUGAACGUUCUUUGAGGCGGGUACCUGGCGCACCAGACCGUUCCAUUGUGAUUUACCAAGGGAGGGGCAGCGCGGGGCAGGGCUGCUCCCCAUUGUAAAUGGAAUUUUAAAUGUUUUGCAAGGAGAGAUUUCCGCACUUUGCACCAUCAUUUACACCAGUGCAAAGUCAAAGGCUGUCGAGUCAGAGUAGCAGCGUUUCAUGCCCACUUUGCACUGGUGGAAAUGGCUGCACAGCAGCACAGGACCUCGGUCCCCUGGCCUCCAGCUUCACUCCAGUAUGUGGGUUCUGAUGGCAGAAUCCAGGGAACUUUCAAAUAAACCCUUUUCCUUUGGAGCCAAACUUCAGAUCCUGGCCAGAGCGGUGGGGGGACGGGGGGCGAGGGGUCUGGUCCUUUGUGACUUUUCCUUAGGAAUAUCGAAAAUUUUUUUUAAAGGGAAAAAUAAAUAAAGAGUCCAGUGUAUGGCCAGUGUUUUAUAUGCAGGUUGCGGCGUGGCGAGGUCUGUAAUAUUCAGAAUAGAAUAUUAAGGUUGGAAGGGACCUCAGGAGGUCAUCUAGUCCAACCCCUUGCUCAAAGCAGGACCAAUCCCCAGAUGAACAGUUUACUUCUUUCUCCUCCUGCUAUGUCAGCUUGUCCAGAGAUGCUCGUGUUAUCUCGGGGUCUCUUGGGGAAGCCUUGGUUCGGGGUUCCUGGAUUAGAAGAUGAUCUGCGAAGGGAGCCAGCUACAGAGCUGAAGGAAAGCCAGAAGGUUGGCUAGUGUGUAACUCACUGGUGAGUGAGUGUGUCUAGCAGGGAAAGCUGGGGCAAUAAUGGAUUUUUUGGUUCACUGUCAAUUCCGGAGGGAUAAAAUUGUUCUGGGUCGAACCGCAAACAAACGUACUUGAAAUGUGGGGCAACUCCAAGUUGGAAAAAAAAUGUAUGUGAGGUCAAAGGAAACACUUUGUUCAGCCUAAA